AUGAUCCACAAUCAACCGGUCCCAGCUAACAGCCAAUCAACUGUUUUUCCACCUGAUACAGAUUUUACUACGACUGGACAAACUUCCAAGGACUGGGUGGUUUGGUCUAAGAGUCAACAGCAUAUCAUGAUUGACUAUAUAGUAGAGAACUGGAGUAAAGUGGCUGAUGGUAUGAGUUUUGCAAAGUCAUUCUGGGUUGAGGUCGAGUUGCUGUUGUCCAAAAGCCCCUUUAUAAAGUGCACAAAUCAGCUUAUUGCGGCCUUGAUCACAAACAGUUCAGGUAUACACUGGGAUUCUGAAACCGGACUCAGCAUCACAGAAGAAAGCAAGACACAGUGGACAGACUAUGUCAAGUGCAAUCCUACUGUCACUGGCUUCAAGAACAAAGGCUGGCCUUACUUCAAGAAGUUAGACACUGUUAUGUCUGGUCAUGCAGCCAGGGGUGUACAUGCCUUUUGUACACCCCGAGCCGCUUCAUCCAUACAUUUCUAUCAGCCCUCCAUCCCAUCAACAACGCUGCAAGUGCAGACCCCACCCAAGUUGAUUUCAGUGGCUGCAGAAGUCCUUUGUACCCCUGCUGCUCCGGCUCAAUCAUCCACAGUGAGCGGCUGGCUAGUUGCCUUGCCUUCACCAUCAUCUCUACCUGCUCCUCUGGCUACAUCCCCAAUCUCAAGUGCUGUGUUGGUGUUGUCAAGCAAGGGGAAGCAUAAGGCUGCGGCAAGCUGGGUUAUCCCCCCAACCAUCAAUUUCAGCAUCAGCCCCAGGGACUUCCAGUGCCAUAUAUGUCAGCACAUCACAUACGUCAAAAACCCCGCGCUUGAUGACUGCAAAUGCACUCUGUGGAAUGCAGGGUCAACUCACCAACAUUGA